CGUUGUUCAACACGCCAUCAACGCUUGGUUAGCCACACUCGUUUUCAAUGAUUUGAUGGAAUUCAAAAGAAAUAAUCCACCACCAGCUACAAUAAUGCUCAUAUCCGAUGAGUUGGACGGCAAAUUGAAUUUCCCUCUUGGCCGGAAUCAACAAAUUCAAAGUGGAUACAACCUUGUUCUGGCGAGUUCAUGUGGUGGGUCUAUGUAUCGUCUCCACCAUACUGCAGAUUGGCGCUGGAAAACCCUACUGGAGGCGGCGGCAUAUUCAGUGUCUCAGGACACAACAACAAGUUAUGUUCUUCGGAAAUGCAGUUCGUGGGGCGAUUCCUUUACCUUGUCGUCAUUUGUUUGCAGAGCAUGCAAAUUUACUGGCCUAAGCGUUGCAAGUUUCACCAGUCAUCUCUCCACUGAAGAACAUAAAAAGACGGACAAGGAGGAGAAGGAGAACUUCAGUGUGCCAGACUUCUCACCUUUCAUAACAGUAAAG